CUUUAAGAGGAAGAAGACGAGCGUGUUGUUUGUUUAGGUUUUGGAAGCUAAAAUGGGGACUUUUUCCUCCUUUGCGCUCGCGUUUGGCUUCUCCCUCUUGUUAGUAGGGACAUUGGCUUCGUCCGAUGUCUUCGAAAGCGUCCUGGGAAGCACAGCGUCUUGCCACAAGUCGUGUGAGAUGACAUACAGUUUGCACACAUAUCCGCGGGAGGAGGAAUUGUACGCCUGUCAGAGAGGCUGUCGUCUCUUCUCCAUUUGUCAGUUUGUCCGUGAGAGCACAGAUUUGAAUCAGACCAAAUCGGAGUGUGAAUCAACCUGCCACGAAGCCUACACCCAGUCUGAAGAGCAGUAUGCCUGCAACCUGGGCUGCCAAAACCAGAUGCCUUUUGCAGAGAAGAGGCAUGAGCAGCUGGAGGCCAUGGUUCCCAGGAUCCACCUCCUCUACCCCCUCACUCUGGUCAGAGGCUUCUGGGAUGACAUGAUGAACCAGGCCCACAGUUUCAUCACGUCCUCGUGGACUUUUUACCUUCAGGUGGAUGACGGCAAAGUUGUCAUCUUCCAGCAGUCUGAACCACAAAUCAAGUUUUUCUCCCAGUUUGAGCUGGAAAAAGAUGUUAAAGAGGAUCCACAGGAGAGCUUGUCAGAGAUACCAGGGCUAAAGAACUGUGGGAAAAAGAUCUUGGGAUUGACUUCGAUUACAGCAGAUGUCCCAGGGCUGAACAGUCCAGUCUAUAAGGAUUACCAGCGUACGUUCGUUCAGGAGCGGGACAGAGAUAUGGUCAGAGGCCGUGACUACGACGAUGAAUACAACUUCUUCGGCUGUCUCUCCAGGAACCCUUGGCUCACCGGGUGGAUCCUGACCACCACGCUGGUCCUGUCUGUGCUGGUCCUGAUCUGGAUCUGCUGUGCCACCGUGGCCACGGCUGUGGACCAGUAUGUACCCACAGAGAAACUGAGCAUCUACGGUGAUCAGGACUACAUUAAAGAAGAGAAACUGACUCCGUACCCAGCAUCCUCCCUGCUUAUCGUCACCUCCAAAGGCCCAGAAGAGGCCGGACCACUCCCUGCCAAAGUCAACUUGGGCCAGUCUGACGUCUAAAGCUGUAGCACAGAAAAGGGUUUCAACCUUUUGGCUAAUCUAGAUUGUUUUUCUUUUUCUUUCUUUCUUUUUUUUUUUUUUUUUACCCCUCUGUGCAGCUUUGUGGUCUUAACAGAAGUAACUCCUUGCAAUACGUUUUGUACUGGCUGAGGUUUCCUCUCAUUUAAAGCUUUCAGAGUUGGAGUGAUAUGACUUUUUUUUCUGUAUAUUGGUAAAAGUCAGGCAUUAGAUAACGGUAAUGAGUUUGGAUUUUUUUUCUCUCCUUUGUUAGCAUCCAGUUGGUGUGUUUCUUACAUUGAAUGUUUUAAUGAGGAGAUCCUGGCUUCACCUCAACACUCGAGUUUCUGGUGCGUCUUGCUGCUUUCUGCAGACUCACCCCGUUUGCUCUCGUGUUUCUACCUGCAGCGAUAACCUGAUCCUGAAUUUUAAAGAACUGCUUUUAAUCCGAAUCGACGGCAACGGUACAUGUAGGGAGUUGAUCUUGCUUCUGUUAUCUGCUGUUUUAAUGAUAAAUAAAAAUGGAGGAAAAAAAA